AUGCUCCCUACGGAUGAGGAAGAAAUUUUAACCUUUAUUAGAGGAUUAAAGGACAAUAGUGCUGUGGGAAUCGAUCUGAUCAGCGGUAAAAUAAUUAAAAGAUAUGCAAACCUUCUCACCUCAUCGAUCACCCACAUAUGCAACCUUGCAAUAUCGAUAGGUGUUUUUCCAAGGGUAUUUAAAACAGCACUUAUUAAACGCAUUUACAAGGCUGGUGAAAAAGACUGUGUAAAUAACUACCGACCUAUCUCUAUUCUACCAGAUCUGUCCAAGGUCCUCGAACGUCUCAUAAAUCAGCGUUUAAUAAAAUUCUUAGAGAAAAAUACACUUAUUUCUCCUCCACAAUAUGACUUUCGAUCUGGUCGAUGCACCAAUGACGCGGUACACGAGCUAUUAAAUUAUAUUGUUGUCAAUUUGGACGGCAAGAAGAAAUGUUUAACAGUGUUUCUGGACCUGGCGAAAUCGUUCGACACAGUCUCAAUUUCGCACCUAUUAAAAAAAUUAGAAAGACUCGGUAUAAGUGGUAUUUCACUUAAACUAAUGGAAGAAUCUAUCUUACUGGUAGAACACAACGGGUCAGAAUAG